AACUCAACUCCUACACAGUAUAAAUGCAUGGCAGCAGGUUUCAUCAGUUGCUACUCAUCACAUCCAUCGAUCCAUAAACACACCUGCAGUGCAGAGAGGUUCGCACUCCAUUGCAGCAGCAAUUCUCUCCAGCUAGCUAGCUAGCCACAGACCUCCGAAAUGGCACACCACUUCCUCAGCAAGCACAACAAGGCCGGCGAGGCCGAGCCGACCAAGGUCGCCGCCGGCGACUGGCGCAAGGAGGAGAAGCACCACAAGCACAUGGAGCAGCUCGGUCAGCUUGGCGCCGUGGCUGCCGGAGCAUACGCGAUGCACGAGAAGCACAAGGCCAAGAAGGACCCGAAGCACGCGCACUCGCACAAGAUCAAGGAAGGGGUCGCCGCCGCUGCCGCCGUCGGCAGCGCCGGCUUUGCCUUGCACGAGCACCACCAGAAGAAAGACGCCAAGAAGCACCGCCUCCAUGGACACCACCAUUAGUUUCUUCGUCGUGCUAUAUAUAUUUUGAUUCAUGUACCGCACAUAUAUAGUAUAGUAGUAGUACAAUAAAUGGGACGUCGAGUAUAUAUUUGGGUAUAUAUGUAUUAUCCUAUUGUGUCCUGUACUAGUUACGUAGCGUGCAUUUAUUCGUUACUGUAUUUUUUUACUUAGAUUUGAUCCUUAAUUAUUCAUCCCAGCAUUUGCAGAUAA